CUCCUCCUCCUCCCCGUGUCUCCAUCCCCGUAAAAUGGCGGAAUACGACCUCACGAAAACAGUCAUCCCCUACUGCGACAGGCACCUCGUCUUUCCGCUUCUCGCUCACCUCGUCGAGAACGAGCUCUUCCCCGCAGAGCAGGUCCAGAAGGCCCAGUAUGAGCUCGCAAAGGAGACGAACAUGGUGGAUUACGCCGUGAGCUUGUUUGAGCAGCUCCACACAGACGAAACUCACCGAUGUCCAGCAGAAUUCGCGGGCAAGCGCGAGAACGCCCUCUCGACCAACGAACGCCUGCAGCAGGAUGCUCAGGCUGUCCUCGAUCGCAGUCGCUGCGCCAGGACAAAAACCAAAACCUCAGUCACCCUCGAGCAAAUCAACGCCCUCUACAACUUUGGGCAAUUCCAAUACAGCUACGGGAACUACAGCGGCGCAGCCGACUACCUCUACCACUUCCGCGUCCUCUCUACCGACCCCGACCUCACUAUGUCUGCCCACUGGGGUAAGCUCGCGUCUGAUAUCCUGACCGGAAAGUGGGACGUCGCGCUCGAGGAGCUCAACACUCUGAGGGAUGCGAUUGACUCCCGUUCGCCCUCUGUGCCGCAGUUCGCUUCCGCCCCGUCAUCGAGCAUCACCGACCCCGCGCUCACGCAGCUCCACUCCCGGACAUGGCUCCUCCACUGGUCUCUUUUCGUCUACUUCAACCACCCCGAGGGACGCACUCUGCUCCUCGAGACCUUCCUCUCGCCGACCUACCUCAAUACCAUCCAGACCUCUUCCCCGUGGGUCCUCCGCUAUCUCGCCACUGCCGCCGUCCUCUCGCGCAAGUCGAGUACGGGCGCCCUCUCGUCGCGCGUGCGACACUCGAUCCGCGAGAUCGUUAAGGUCAUUCAGAUGGAGGAAUAUCAGUACCAAGACCCAAUCACCAACUUCCUCAAGGAGCUGUACGUCGAGUUCGACUUCGAGGCCGCGCAGAGGGAGCUGGGCCUCGCGGAGCAUGUCGUCGGCAACGACUUCUUCCUGAACGAAUUCAGGGACGACUUCAUGGACAACGCGCGGUACCUCAUCAGCGAGGCAUACUGCCGCAUCCACCAACGAAUCGACAUUGCCGAUCUGUCUGAGCGGCUGAACCUAUCGAAGGAGGACGGUGAGAAGUGGAUUGUCAACCUCAUUCGCGAAACGCGUAUGGGUGCAGACGCGAAGAUCGAUCUUGAGAAGAACGUCAUUGAAAUCCACCGUCCGGCACUCCCCGUUUACCAAUCAAUCAUCGAGAAAACCCGUGGUCUCGCCUUCCGCACGCAAGCCCUCGGCGCUGCGAUGACACGGACACAACAAGCACCACCACCUUCAGAGGUGCUUCCGGCUGAAGUCGAGGCUCGGUGAGGAGGGCAUUCGUUGCACUGUUUCUGGUCGGGAAAAGUGUUGUACGUGCGUGCAGCUUUAGUAUGUGCUCUUGUAUUGUGGCCACUCUAU